GUAUACUCUUGGCUAAAUAUCCAGUAAAAUCACUCGAGAAACAAACAAAAAUGGGGUACUAUAAAUUCGUGGGUUUAGUCACAGGCAAGAGGUAGAGGUCUGCACUACCAUACAUCCAUAAACCUCUCACCCUUAUCUUCCUAUCCUUUUCCGAAAUCCCGCCACCAGCACCACCAUCAUGUCGUGUUCUUCCUCCAUCAUAGGCGUCUCCUCCAUUUUCCCGAAAACGCCUUCUUCACUAGAGCAUAUCUCGAAGAAAACCACCACACCUUCAUCCCCUUUAGCUUUUGCGUUGUCUUCCGAUAAAACCCACUUCACUUCCCUAUCCAGACUCAGACAUAGUAGCGCCGGCGUCGGCGGAGGUGGUUCUGCUUUCGUGGCUUCGGCAAUUGCGGCGCGGAAUUCAGUUCUUAGUGAGGAGGCGUUUAAGGGUCUUGGUGUGUUCGAUGAAGGUUCUUCUUUGGAAGACGAUGGUGACGCUGAGUAUGACGAUGAGUCUGAAUUUCAAGCCUCCAUUGAUGAUGGUAAUGAUGACGAUGAUGAUGAACUUUCAGUUCGUAGACUGGGGUUGCCUCAAAGACUGGUUGAAACUCUUGUUAAGAGAGGAAUCACUAAACUUUUCCCAAUUCAGAGAGCCGUUUUGGUUCCUGCAUUAGAAGGCAGAGAUAUUAUUGGUCGUGCAAAAACAGGAACAGGGAAGACUUUAGCCUUCGCAAUUCCUAUUAUCAAAAAACUCACCGAAGAGGAUGAACAAACUCGAAAUAGGAUUGUGGGACGAAUGCCAAGAGUUUUAGUUCUAGCACCUACAAGAGAAUUAGCAAAGCAAGUAGAAAAUGAAAUCAAAGAAUCUGCACCUUAUUUACAAACAGUGUGUGUGUAUGGUGGUGUGUCUUACACAUUACAAAAAAACCAACUGAGUCGUGGGGUUGAUAUAGUGGUUGGGACACCCGGUCGACUCAUUGACCUGGUGAAUAGUAAUAUAUUGAAAUUAGGGGAAGUUCAAUUCUUGGUUCUUGAUGAAGCUGAUCAAAUGCUUGCGGUUGGUUUUGAGGAAGAUGUUGAAGUUAUUUUACAAAAACUUCCUUCACAAAGACAAAGCAUGCUUUUUUCAGCAACUAUGCCUGGUUGGGUUCAAAAACUCUCAAGGAAAUAUUUGAAGUCCCCCUUGACUAUUGAUUUGGUUGGUGAUCAAGAUGAGAAGCUAGCGGAAGGUAUCAAGCUCUAUGCUAUACAAUCCACCUCAACUUCAAAACGGUCAAUGCUUGGUGAUCUUGUCACUGUAUAUGCAAAGGGUGGGAAGACAAUUAUUUUCACUCAAACAAAAAGGGAUGCAGAUGAGGUGUCAUUGGGGUUGACUAGUAGUAUUGUUUCAGAGGCAUUACAUGGUGACAUAUCUCAACAUCAAAGGGAAAGAACACUGAAUGGAUUCAGACAAGGAAAGUUUACAGUGCUUGUUGCUACAGAUGUUGCUUCUCGUGGACUUGAUAUACCCAAUGUUGAUUUGGUUAUCCACUACGAACUACCGAACGAUCCGGAAACUUUUGUGCAUCGAUCAGGUAGAACGGGGCGCGCAGGAAAGGAAGGGAAGGCGAUUUUGAUGUACACAAAUAAUCAAAGGAGAACCGUUAGAUCUCUGGAGCAAGAUGUUGGAUGCAAAUUUGAAUAUAUAAGUCCGCCAGCUGUCGAAGAUCUAUUGGAUUCCUCAGUCAAACAAGUAAUCGCUACCCUUUCAUGUGUUCAUAAUGACUCCAUAGAAUUCUUCACUCCAACUGCCCAAAAGCUAAUUGAUGAAAAGGGUACACGUGCUCUCGCUGCAGCCCUUGCACACAUGAGCGGUUUCUCCCAACCACCAUCUUCCCGUUCUUUAAUCACACAUGAAAAGGGAUGGAUGACGUUGCAAAUGACGCGGGAUUCUGAGUCGUCGUUGCAAGGGUACAUGUCUGCUAGAACGGUUACUGGAUUUUUGUCUAGUGUGUAUGCUACGGCUGCUGGUGCACUUGGAAAAAUACAUGUGAUUGCAGAUAAAAAGGUUCAAGGUGCUGUUUUUGAUCUUCCCGAAGAGAUUGCUAAAAAUCUACUAACUAAGGUGAUGCCACCUGGCACCACUAUUACAAAAAUUAACAAGUUGCCUGCAUUGGAAGACAAUGGUCCAGCGAGUGAUUUUUAUGGAAGGUUUUCAAACAGGGAGAGAAGUUCACGAGGUGGUGGAGGUUCAAGAAGGGAAGGUUCCGGUGGGUCCCGAGGUUGGGGUAGUAAUAGUCGAUUCUCAUCCGGUGGUGGAGGGGAUAACUUCCGGCAAGGCGGUAGGAGUGGCGGUAGAGGUGGUGGUGGUGGUGGUAGUUGGUCAAGUGGAGGAGGCUCUAGAACUGGUGGAGGGUCGAGGACAACCACUGGUGGAAGUGAUUGGUUGAUUGGCGAGAGACGAUCUUCAUCUUCAUCUUCACGCUCUCCAUCAUUUGGAAAUAGGGACAGAAAUCUUGCGGGUCCUUGUUUCCACUGUGGGAGGUCAGGGCACAGGGCAUCUGAAUGCCCUAAGAAGCAAGACUAUUAAUUAGUUGAUGCUCUUCUGUUCUUCAAGUGUUAACCAUCAUUGCUCCGGUGAAAAAGGGUGGAGGAAGCCACCAACUGCCGCCCUGGCAGUCGGUGUGGUGUGGUGUGCUUUGGAUCUUGGUCAAAAUGGGAAAAAGUGGAUAACCAUGAUGCUACAGAAAUCUGAGGGAAAAAUCGGAAGAUUAUCUUUAUGUAGCAGCAGCUUUUUCCAUGUGUUCCCCUUCGGAUUCUUGAUUUUUGUCUUAUUGAGUGUGACAUGUUUGUUGUCUAAUUACGUUUUAUGUAUCAAAGUGAUUUUCUUGAAUUCGUUAUUAAUCAAUGAGUGUUUACCCAAGAUAUAUCAAUCAUCAUAAAAUUAAACUGCAAAUUUGAAUAGAUGCGUCACAAAAACCAAGGUUUUGCAUUCGACAUUGUCUUUCGACUUGUAAUCUCUCUAUGUUUUAACUCAUUUCAGCUUUCAAAUAAAAUGUUGAUAACUGAUCGAAAAACCUGACCUCUUUUGUUCUUCAAAAUCUCUCUCACACCCUUUUCAUCAGGAGCCAUUCCAAGGGUCUUCAUCUUCACCACUAUUUCUCUACCUUCUUCUUCCUUUCCUCCCUUCACAAACCCCUCCAUAACCACCACACAUGUCGCCGGAUUCGGUCUAAUCCCCUUCCCCAUCAUCUCCAGAAAAUACUUCUUCGCUUCCCCUAACAAUUUCUGGUCACCGGACCCCGCCAGAGCCUUGAUUAACACCGAGUAAGUGUAGGCAUUGGGCAGGACGCCGGAAGCAAGCAUGCGCGUAUACACCUUCAGGGCUUCUUUAGCUUUACCAGCGGCGGCGUACGCUUCGAUAACAGCCGUGUGCGCCACUACGUCCGGCAUCUGGCCUUUAUCUUUGAUCUGGGAAAACAAUUCAAGCGCUUCGUGGGUGAGUCCGUCUUUAGACAAUCCGUCGAACAUCUUGACUGCACUAUCGUUGAGACCUUCUGUGCGUAUUUUGUGAAACACUUCCUGGAGAUUUGUGGGGUCAUCGGGUUCUUGGAUUACUGGGGUUUUCUUAAAUGGGUCGUACGGUGGCGGUAGCUUCCUCUUGUCGAUCUCUUUCACGGCUGGCGUUGGUGGCGAUUGGGAAUCAUCGUCGGAUUCGGAGUCGGAGAGUGAGAAGUUUACCUUGGUGUUGCGCUUUGGGGUGGUUGUUUGUUGAGAGGAAGUAGUGGUGGUGCUGUUGAAGAGUCGGGAAAAGAAGUAUUCGUUUGGGGGUGUGGGUGGAAUGGGGACGGUUAACGGUGGGAGGUGGUGGCGGAAUAAGGAGGUGGAGGAGAAGAGAGUUUGAUGUUUGAGCUUGAAGAAGAGGAUGGAAGUGAUUCUCGCCAUGUGAAUUUUGAAUCGUUGGGUUUACAGAGAGUUGGAGAUUUGAAAUCAUGAAGAAACGUAGAAGUUUCUGGAAUGAAAAUUCUUAAGCCAUUAACACCAUGAAAAUUGGGAAAAUUAC